UUGUAGAUUACGUGAAACUUUAUCUACUUUGUGAUUAAAAAUUUUGAUCAUAAAUCCAGUACUUCUUGACGAAAUAAAAUGGGACUAUCAGAUAACGAUGUGCAAAAACAGUUGCGGCAUAUGAUUGCCUUCAUUGAGCAAGAAGCGAUUGAAAAAGCCGAAGAAGUUGAUGCAAAAGCGGAGGAGGAAUUCAAUAUUGAAAAGGGCCGCCUUGUCCAGCAGCAGCGAACCAAAAUUUUGGAAUACUACGACAAGAAAGAAAAACAGGUGGAAUUGCAAAGAAAAAUUCAGAAUUCGAACAUGAUCAAUCAGGGACGCUUAAAAUGUCUGAAAGCACGCGAAGAUCAUCUGAACAAGGUUCUAGAAGAAGCGAGGUUGAAUUUGAGCCGAAUUUCUGGAGAUUCCGCCAAAUAUCCAUCAAUCUUGAAAGGCUUAAUCUUGCAGGCAUUAUUCCAGUUACUGGAAACAGAAGUUACACUGCGUUGUCGCAAGAAAGAUGAAUUAUCGGUGCAAAAACUCCUACCGGAAUGUCUCGACGAACUUGAGCAACAGUGGGGUGAACGUACAAAGGUGAGAAUUGACACGACCGAAUAUUUACCUGAUGAAAGUGCUGGUGGAGUAGAACUUUCAGCAAAAAACGGUAAGAUAAAGGUUUCAUCGACGCUGGAAUCUCGUCUAGAAUUGAUUGCUGCCCAGAUUAUACCUCAACUUCGUGUAGUUUUGUUUGGUGAAAAUCCGAAUAGAAAAUUCUUUGACUGAAAGUAUUAUAACACUCAAUCUGUACAAUAAGCAGAAGGAUGUUUCCCGUUUGCUUCGUGGGUACAUGUUCAAAAUGAUUCCUGUGAUAGUUCGUUAUUAUUUUCCAUUGUCUAAACAUUCUAACUGGUAGUUAUCAUGCAGUUUAUGUAGCUUAUUUAUGUAGUGUCAUGCCUAUAUUGAUUUCCUUUAUUUUAUCAUCUUCCGCAAAAUGCGUUGUAGUAUAUAUCAGAUCCACACUGACGUAUGCCGUGCUUCGCUGCAAAGUGCAAGUGUGAUGUGUUUAGCUUAUGAGGAAACCGUAACAGGUACUUGGUAUUGUCAUCGGCAUGCUACUAGUAGAUCUUUUAUUUGUUGAUGAAAACUUAUCAUCACUUAAAAUCAUUCCUGUCCAGUCAUUAUGAUUUAUAGUGUUAUUAAUGCCAUAAGUUAAAGUGAAGUUAGUAGUAAAGUCAG